UUUAUAUCCUGUUCCCGGGUGUGCGUACUUCUCAGCACAAUGGCGACCCAACCCAAGGUUCCCCGAGCCAGCAAUGAUUCAGGCGCAGAUGGAGAUAUGGGUGCUUCGACUAACGCCAUUAUUGACGAGAUUGAGGAGGUUCAGAAUGCGAUUGACAACCUAAACGAGCAAGCUAGCGAAGAAAUCCUCAAAGUUGAGCAAAAGUUCAACAAAAUGCGGCAACCGCAUUUCGAGAAAAGGUCGGAGCUGAUAGCGAAGAUCCCCAAUUUUUGGCUGACCGCGUUUGUCAACCAUCCUCAGCUCUCAGAUCUCCUGACCACCACUGAUGAGGCUGUUUUAAAGUACUUGAGGAAGGUAGAGGUUCAAGAAUUCGAGGAUAUCAAGUCUGGUUUCCAAAUCAACUUCCACUUCGAUAAGAAUGAAUGGUUUAAGAACCCUGUUCUGACGAAGGAAUUCCAUCUUGGUGACACCGGUGAACCGUCAUCCAAGUACACGAAGAUUGAGUGGUACCCUGGGAAAGAUCUGACUGCCAAGGCUGGGAAGAAAAACAAUGGAGAACAGAAGAAACGUGCCUUUGAAGACCAGUCACAAGACAGCUUCUUCUGUUGGUUCACAGAUGAAUCGUCCGCAUUCGGAGAUGAGCUUGGUGAAGUUAUCAAGGAUGAUUUAUGGCCAAAUCCUCUACAGUACUACUUGUCCCCUGACAUGGAUGAGGAGAACGAAAACGACGAAGAUGAUGACGAUGAAGAUGAUGAGCAGGACCUCGAUGAAGAAGAGGGAGGCGUUGGUGAUGUGUAGAAAGUCGCAAUAUAAUCAUUGAACUUCGCAUUCUCCAGUGUUUGUUCUGAGACCCCUUGGAACAGCGUGUCGAGACGAUCCAGACUAUGUGUCAAACGGCAAAUCCAUCUGUAUCUGUUUCUUGAGUGACUUGUAUAUCACGCCCGGUUUUAAUGUUCUACACCUAAAGCGUUUUUGCGCCUCAUUUUGCAUUUACUGUAGCUAACGUUGCGCAAAAUCAUUCAUGCUAUUGUAGACCCGAUUGGAAAUUGUUUCGAGUGAGACCUUUUGCCGUAUGUCCGUCUGAUACGCGUUUAAAGAUUUUUGUACUAACAUUUAUAAUUUUUGAAGACAGGCCAUUCAUUG